GCGCUCCCGCCGCCCUUUUCCCCCGCGCUCCCUCUCGCCGUCUUUUCCCCAACUUACCCGCUCGGCAUCCCCCGAUGCGAAACCUGCGGCUGACCUCCGGCUCACGUCGCGCCGCGCGGGGAGAUCGGGGCAGGUGCACUCAUCCGGACGGGGAGGUUGCUGUCCGGGAAUCAACGUGUCGGUCUCUGCUCUCUCGAUUGAAGGACAAAUGUGCGUCAAGAAUGGCCACCAAGGGAAGGAGACACCAUCAUAAGAAUGAACAGUGUGACUUGAGACUUUGUGAAUAUUGAAGCACCAUUCGGGGAAGGUAGUGACUGAAUAGCUUGCGUAUAGACAAAGUUUGCAGUUUCUUCAUCUGUGGCGAUGGCAAUGACCCGUCCAGCAUUUUCUUUUUGCCGGUAUCCAUUUCCUGUAUAGGCUUUCUGUUUGUUUCGAAUUUCUGAUCCAUGCCAUAUUCCUAUCAAGUUGUGAUGUUGACUGGGGAUGAAGAGCAAUCAUCGGAUCAAUCAUUGAAUGAAUCUAUUUUACCCCUUUUGCAAAAGGUUGUUGGUUUUGCCACGUUGUCCAAUGCUCCGAGAGAACAUUGGCCUGUGACAAUUUGAUCGAACUGUUGAGGUAUGUUUCUUUGUCCUGCUUUUCUUUGGCUGAGGCUCAAAGUUAGCAUCUUGGGCCUAUUCUAAUUCGCCAUCGUUCUCCCAGAUUUUAUCACCGCAUUAUGUUUGAACUUUGUGGGGCACAAAAAGAUAUCUUGUUCCAUCUUUCCCAAAUUGUCUGAUUACAUUCUAUCCUGCAAUUUUUGUGUAAUCUUAGGAUGUUGUUUAAAAGCAUGCAGUAGUAUUCUCAUGCCCACAAAACAGCUAAGAGGUAGCAGUAUAAGGUAAAUAUAGUGAUGUGAAGUAAUCUGACUAGCUAAGAGAUAGCAGCAUAACGUAAAUGUACUGAUGUGAAGUAAUCUGAAUUUCUUAAAAGGAUUACCCAGUAAAUGACAGUUUGGUGAUGAUUAGCACAGAAUGAGAGCAUUGUUUUACUCUCAACUGAAUGCCUCUGUUUUCACAUGCAAGUUCAGAAAAUUGAGUGUACUAAAUCUUUUCAAUACCUGCAAGGAGUUAGGAAAAGCUUCCAUCUUCAUAAUUCUCUAAGUCUGGAGGCUGGUCGCAAUGAAAGCUUAAACUGUUUUUCUGUUGUGAAUUUGAAGUAAGUUAGUUUGCUUUAGCUUAACUGACUUCAUGAUUAUCCCAUGUUUAAAUAAAAAAGUUGACAUCUAUGACUCUGGUAGACUGGUAGUGGAAAAAGUUUAAACUGUUAGUUUUUUGCGAUUUCAUGUUAACAAUGGGCACUUUUCAAAUGAUAGGAUUGCCCCAUGCUUGAUUAAUUUACAAUAGUUGCUUCUUUUCUGAUCUGAUCACUAUGCCUGGGACUACACCUGUAGUAGUAGUAUAUGCCAAUUUUUUCUUUUAGCAAUCCAGCAUGAGAAAAAUUUGCAGUAGAGGGGUGGUAAAGGGUCUCAAAUUUUAGCCUAGAUGAUCUAAGGGCUGGGCUCAAAAAGGGCUGGGCUCUUAUCUUAUACAAUUUCGAGCUAAAAAUAUAUAAGGGCCAAGUUGCAUUAUGAUUUAUGAAGAGAGCACUAGGGCCAUGAUCCAUUACCACUCCUAGGCCACUGUAUUAGGUCUGAACUUCCACUAUACAGUCAAGUGUGUUCAAGUGUAAUAUAAAUGCAGUCUCGUAUCCUGUUCUAUGUAAACCUGCAGAAAAUCAUAUUGCUGAGCUAAUCUUGUGAUCUUUGUGGAUCAUGUUUGUUAUGGAAAUAGUCCUGAUGCCAUGGAUCAGAUUUCGAAAAUGCAGGAGAACUGCGUUUGAAGAGAGAAUAAAAUACAAAGUAGGGGUCACAAGGAUCCCCAGAAAACAACCCACACCCACUCACACACAUAUAAAGUUGUUACGUGCUCACCAUUCACUGGAGGAAAAAACGACCAGAGCACCUAUUUUGGACUAAAAUUCCAGGUUAAGCAAACUCGACAGAAAUUGUUGCAAGUGCAUGGGCUCCAGCUGAGCAGCAAAGGAUGCUCCAAUUUGCUACUCAUUGCAGAGCCAAAGAAGCACUAGGAUUAGCACCAUCGAAGACGCACUCAUUCCGGUGUUUCUAGAUCUCCCAAGCAACCAGGAUAACCAAUGAAUUGAAUCCCUAGCGCAUUUCCUUAGGAAUGUUUUUGAGAGCCAAACACAACCAGCUUGAAAAUUGAGUAACUGAAGGCUGUGGUGCUACUGUAACCAGCCCCAACCUCUGUAAGAUUUUUGUCCAAACUUGGCAGGCAAACAUGCAAGAGACCAGUAAGUGCUGAAUUGAUUCUUCAUCCUGGUCACAAAGAGGGCACCUAGCUGGAUGAGGCAGCCCACGCCUUUGGUGGUCCAACAACGAUCCUUGACAGCAAGCCAAAUGAAAGUCAUGAAACAGAUUAACUCUCUCUGUUUGUAGAGUACUAAACUAAUCUUGACUCUUGAUAAAGCCUAAGCUCCCUUAAAUGCUUUCUUCGUGAUUGCUGUACACGAGCAUGUCUCUGAUCAAAAAGAAAUACAUGCUACAAGAAUCUGCAUCUAUUCAAGUCACUCUCCAGAAUGUGGAUAGCUAGUGCACACCGUGGCAAUCAAAUCGCCUGUGCACGCAAGAUGCUAACAUUUGCUAUCCAGAAAUUGGAAUAUCUAGAGCUUCACUUAUGUUUGGUGGGUGAAUAGUAACGGACUCCUCGACUAUAUAAGCAUACAGCGCGCUCGACUUUCUAUAUCCGUAGUUCCCAUCUGUUAUACUGUGUUGUGACUUGUGAAGUGUGUUCCUAUCUAUAUCAUCUUUGCCUUGCCACCUUUUUCCUAGUUCAUUCAUACAAAUGGAUUAUUCUAAUUUGCGACGCCAAGCUGCAUCCAUGAAAAAGUCUCUCUUUGAUCAGGGGUACCUAGAUGAGCAAUUUUGUCAGGUGGAAGACUUGCAGGAUGAAGCUAGUCCUAAUUUUGCUGAAGAGGUCGUUACUUUGUUUUUCAAGGACUCUGCCAGGCUAAUAUCCAACAUUGAGCAAGCACUGGAAAAAUAUCCCAAAGAUUUCAACAAGUGGGAUGCAUACAUGCAACAACUAAAAGGCAGCUGCUCCAGCAUUGGUGCUUCAAGGAUGAAGAGUGAGUGCAUGUCAUUCAGGGAUUAUUGUGGGCAAGGAAAUGUUGAAGGUUGUAUGAAAUCGUUCCAGAAAGUGAAGAGGGAGCAUGGUGUCCUGAGGCAGAAACUAGAAUCCUAUUUUCAGCUGCUACAACAAGCUGGCCCCACUGGAGCUGCCACCAGGCCUGCUAUGUAAGAACGGAGCCUUGGCCCUUGCCAUUCUACCAGUUGCAGUAAAUGGAGUAUGGCGCAAGAAGAUUGCCUGGACAUAGGUUUCCGGCCGCCACAACUAUAUGGCCCUGCUGCUCAGCGACUAGGGGCCAGCGUAUAUGAAAGGAAAACCAAACAAGAAGAGAUGCUACGCAUGUGGUAUACCGAAAUAAGAAUAGAUUGGCAUUUCCAAAAAAAAAAAGACAGACGAAAAGAACAGACAGGGACGGAGGCUAAGAGAUGAGAAACCUGUGUAAGUAGAUACACGAAAGAUGAUACUAACAUAUAACGGUGGAAUAAGACUACAAAGAGUAUUGCGCUCUCUGUUUUUUUUCC